UCCUGUGCACUCAAACUGCGCAGCAGGUUGAAGCAGCAACAGCAAGCCAAGCCUAGUGGUGCUCAUCUAGAGAGAGAGCAGCAGCAAUAGGAUAUAUACAAUACAUGGGGUCCUUGGGCUUGCUGGUUGUUGUGGCGGUCGCCGCGGUGGUGCUGGAGCUCACCGCAGCCGACUCCUGGAACGGCGGCCGCGCCACGUUCUACGGCGGCGGCGAUGCCUCCGGCACUAUGGGAGGAGCGUGCGGGUAUGGCAACCUGUACAGCGCGGGGUACGGGAAGAACACCGCGGCGCUGAGCACCGCGCUGUUCAACAACGGGCAGAGCUGCGGCGCGUGCUUUGAGAUCCGCUGCACCGGCAGCGGCAGCUGCCUGCCUGGUGGUUCCGCCGUCGUCACGGCCACCAACUUCUGCCCGCCCAACUAUGCGCUCCCCAACAACGACGGCGGGUGGUGCAACCCGCCGCAGCCGCACUUCGACCUCGCCGAGCCGGCCUUCACGCAGAUCGCCGUCGCCGGCGCCGGCGUCGUGCCUGUCCAAUACAGGAGGGUGGCGUGCACCAAGCAGGGUGGCAUCCGGUUCACCGUCAACGGCCACUCCUACUUCGUCCUGCUGCUCAUCACGAACGUGGGCGGCGCCGGCGAACUGACGGCGGUAUCGGUGAAGGGCUCGCGGACGGGAUGGCAGACCAUGAGCCACAACUGGGGCGCCAACUGGCAGAACGGCGCGCUGCUGGACGGCCAGGCGCUGUCGUUCCAGGUCACCGGCAGCGACGGCCGCACCCUCACGUCGGAGAACGCCGCGCCGGCUGGAUGGAGCUACGGCCAGACCUACACCGGCAAGCAAUUCUAACGGGCCGGUCGCCUGUGAGCUGUGCAGCCGGCGUCGCCGCCGGAGGAGGGGCUCUGUUUUGAAGCAGCUCGCUCGAGAGCGCGCGGCAAGGCCGAUAGAGGCUAUGUUGCGACUAGUAGCAAGGCGCAUGUGCUGCGUCGUCGCCGGCCACCGAAGAUGGUGGGCGGGGGCGCUCUGGCCGCUUUUACUUUCAGCGGGGACGCUUAAUUAGUUAGAUGGUCAGGGAAAUUAAUCAAUGGAUGGCUGUGGUGAUGAGGAGCAGAAAUUAGCAGCGGCUCGUCACCCGCGCCGUGUACCACGUAGUAACUAUUGCAGCUAGCUUUGCUCGCUUCAAUCAAUGGAAUGUGGCUGUUCAUCGUUGCAACAUC